AUGCCUCCAAAGAAGUUUGCUAAGAGCUUGGAUGAUUUCCUGGGCGAACAGCCACAGGAUCCUAACCUAGUGCCUUCGCCAUUCGGUGGGUACUUCCAGCAGAAGCAAUCGAACUACCAGAAACAGAGGACUUACAACAAGAACCCCAACGUGCAGAAGUGGAACCAGAACAGCAAUUACAACUACAAUGCGCAACCUUACAACAACAACCAGAACAACUAUAACAACUACAACAACUAUAACAACUACAAUCAGUCUCAAGGGUUCGAUGCCAAUGGUAUUCCAAUCAAUGCGUACAAGUACCAGCAGUCUGCGGUGACUCCAAACCAGAGUAACGGCCCUACACCAUCUGCGUCUGCUGUGUCUCUGACGUCGCUGACCAAUAAACUAAACGAACUGGAUGUGUCUCCAAUCUCUGGCCACAUCAACAAGCUCAUGGAGGCUCAGAACAUUACUGAGUGCAAGGCACAGGUUGCUGCCAUAGCUGACGAGUUCAAAAACACCAGCGCUAAGUCGAUCAAGGACUGGAAGUUCACCGACGUCCUGUCCAAGCUGACCAAGAGCAAGAGCAACCCGCUGAUCAGAGAAUCGACGAUGCUGCUGAUCACCGCAUUGGCUAACGUGUUUGCCAAUAACAGCCCUCAGGAGGCUUACUUGCUGCCUUUCUUCGAGUUCUCUCUAGAUAUGAUGGCUGACAAAGAGACUACCGUCAAGCGUGCUGCACAGCACUCUCUGGAUGCGCUAAUGAACGCUUUCCCUGUCGACGCUCUGACCUCCAAUGUCCUGCCAGUGAUUCUGGAAUACUUGGCCUCCGGUGCCAAGUGGCAAUCUAAGCUGGGUGCCCUGGGUGUCAUCGACAGAAUCAGAGAGGACUCUCCAAACGAUCUCUUGGAACUGACUUUCAAGUCCACAGUACCAAUCCUAACAGACGUCGCUACUGAUUUCAAGCCAGAGCUCGCCAAGCAAGGCCACAAGACAUUGCUAGACUACGUCUCCAUCCUUGACAACUUGGAUCUGGCCCCACGUUACGAACUUAUCGUCAACACUCUACAGGAUCCAAACAAGGUCCCUCAGUCCGUCAAGGCUUUGUCCAGUGUCACAUUCGUGGCUGAAGUCACCGAGCCCGCUUUGGCUCUACUGGUUCCUAUCCUGAACAGAUCGUUGAAUCUUUCUUCUUCAUCCCAAGAGCAAUUGAGACAGACAGUCAUCGUCAUCGAAAACUUGACUAGAUUGGUCAACAACUACAUCGAAAUCGAAAGCUACAUUCCUCAAUUGCUACCGGGCGUCCAAAAAGUUGUCGACACAGCUUCUUUACCAGAAGUUCGUGAACUUGCUGAGAAGGCUCUAAAGGUCCUAAAGGGUGACGAUAGCACCUCUAGCCACAACAAGGAUUCCUUCCAAGGUAGAAUUACCGAGGAGGAAGGUAAGCAGUAUGUCUCGGACGCCAUCAAGAAGGCAAACAUUACUGAUGAGACCAAAUCUUCCUUCAUUCAAGACGAAGACGUCGUCGAAUACCUUGGUAAGAUCCUCACCGUUGACACAAAUGUUAAUGACUGGAAGAGACUGGAAGAACUGUUUACUGGUGUCUUUGGUGCUGAUAACGAAGCCGUCGUCAAUACUGAAAUUAUCGACAGAAUGAGAGCUCUAUUCCACCAAGAGAAGGUCAAACACGAUGAAGAUGAAGGUAUCGAAAUUGUAAACACUGACUUCUCUCUUGCUUACGGUUCAAGAAUGUUACUGAAUAAGACUAAUUUGAGAUUGAUCAAAGGUCACCGUUACGGUUUGUGUGGUAGAAACGGUGCUGGUAAAUCUACUUUGAUGAGAUCUAUUGCUAACGGUCAACUAGAUGGUUUCCCAGACAAGGAUACCUUGAAAACUUGUUUUGUUGAACAUAAAUUGCAAGGUGAAGAGGGUGACUUGGAUUUGGUUUCCUUCAUUGCUUUAGAUGAACAACUACAGACCACCUCCCGUGAUGAUAUUGCCAAUGCCUUGGCCUCUGUCGGUUUUGAUGAAACCCGUAGAGCUCAAACAGUUGGAUCUCUAUCCGGUGGUUGGAAGAUGAAAUUGGAACUUGCAAGAGCUAUGCUGCAAAAGGCCGAUAUCUUGCUACUGGACGAACCUACUAACCAUUUAGAUGUUGCCAAUGUCAAGUGGCUGGAAGAAUACUUGUUAGAGCACACAAACAUUACCUCAUUAAUUGUGUCGCACGACUCUGGUUUCUUAGAUGCUGUCUGUACUGAUAUCAUCCACUAUGAAAACAAGAAACUGAUUUACUACAAGGGUAACUUGGCCAAGUUCGUUGAACAAAAGCCUGAAGCCAAGGCAUAUUAUACUUUGUCCGAUACUAAUGCUCAAAUGCGUUUCCCACCACCUGGUAUCCUAACAGGUGUCAAGUCUAACACUAGAGCUGUUGCUAAGGUGACUGAUGUUACCUUCACUUACCCAGGAGCUUCUACACCUUCCUUGAGCCAUGUUUCAUGUGCUCUAUCACUAUCUUCAAGAGUCGCUGUCUUAGGUCCAAAUGGUGCUGGUAAGUCUACGCUUAUCAAACUAUUGACUGGUGAAUUGGUUCCUCAAGAAGGUAAAGUUGAAAAACAUCCAAACUUGCGUAUUGGUUACAUUGCCCAACACGCCCUACAACAUGUUAAUGAGCAUAAGGAAAAGACAGCAAACCAAUAUUUGCAAUGGCGUUAUCAAUUUGGUGACGAUCGUGAAGUUCUUUUGAAGGAAUCGAGAAAGAUCUCCGAUGAGGAAAAGGAGAUGAUGACUAAGGAAAUUGAUGUCGAUGAUGGUAGAGGUAAGCGUGCAAUCGAAGCCAUUGUAGGUAGACAAAAGCUAAAGAAGUCCUUCCAAUACGAAAUCAAAUGGAAAUGGUGGAAACCAAAGUACAAUUCUUGGGUUCCUCGUGAUGUAUUGAUUGAACACGGUUUUGAAAAGCUUGUUCAAAAGUUUGAUGAUCAUGAAGCUUCCAGAGAAGGUCUAGGUUACCGUGAAUUGGUUCCAUCUGUUAUUACCAAACAUUUUGAAGAUGUUGGUCUAGAUGCAGAAAUCGCUAAUCAUACCCCAUUAGGAUCUCUGUCUGGUGGUCAAUUGGUUAAAGUUGUCAUCGCUGGUGCCAUGUGGAAUAACCCUCAUUUACUAGUCCUAGAUGAACCUACCAAUUAUUUGGAUAGAGACUCUUUAGGUGCACUGGCAAUUGCUAUCAGAGACUGGAGCGGUGGUGUCGUUAUGAUUUCCCACAACAAUGAAUUUGUUGGUGCGCUAUGUCCUGAACAAUGGAUUGUCGAAAAUGGUACCAUGGUUCAAAAAGGUGUCAAGGAUGUUGACCAGUCAAGAUUUGAAGAUGGUGGUAACGCCAAUGCCGUUGGUUUGAAGCCAUCUUCUUCUGUUACUGAUGAUGACUCCCCAGCUAAUAUCAAGGUUAAACAAAGAAAGAAGAGAUUAACAAGAAACGAGAAGAAAGCACAAGCUGAACGUCGUCGUUUGCGUUACAUCGAGUGGCUAUCAUCUCCAAAGGGUACUCCAAAGCCAGUCGACACUGACGAUGAAGAAGAGGAUUAA